AUCGGCACUGCAGUCAUGGACAGUAAUCCCUGUCCUCCUGGAGUUUGUUGCCUGGAUCAUUACUACUUCAAAAGAGAAAGAGGUUUCAUCUUGGACUGUAUGGCUGUCUCUAGCAGCUCCUUGAUGAACGGAAAAAUCAACCCCAAGUUGUGCGACGCCAUCCCGCCCUACAACGCCCAGAAUGACCCUUACAGCAAGCACGCUUUCGAGACCAAGUUUAUGAGGAAGCUUCUCAAGAGGACUGAUCAGGAUCGUGGUGGGACAUCAAACCAUGGCUGGCUUGUGGACUAUUUUUACAAAAAUGGACCUGCUCAAAAAUAUCUUACCAGUAGAAAUGCAUAUGGAGCAGGUCACUCAUAUGACCAAGUAAUCGGCCACCGGGGAUACCUAUCAGACAUCAAACCCAUUGUUGGAUAUAAUGGAAGGUUUGGUUACAGACGGAAUACUCCCAGCCUGAGAGAAAAGCCUUCCAUUUUUGGAGAAGUCUCCAAACUCCCAUUGCACUAGUGUGCAUGGGCUCCCCCUCCCCACCCCACAAGGAUGGAGUCCUCAGAGAACUGAGAAGCCAGAAGAACAUCAGUUUCUGCAUUUUAAAUGCGUUUUGAGGAUGUUACCUCUUCUGAAGAGCUGAAUUAAAUGUGAUGAGCCAGGAAGAGUGUGACAGGUUCAACAAAAUAGCGUAUGCUAUUAAAUUGUUCCGAAAAUAAGAAGUAGAUGCUUCACUAAAGCAUUUGUGGAAAGGCAGUAUUUUUAAAAAUAUUCACUUAAACUGGCAAUUAGGCCUGUGGGUUUCUUCAUGUGGUAUCCCUGGGUGGAACAUACACACAGUGGCCAUUUUAUUAGGUACAGGAGUGGAACCUGGCAUGGUUUUCUGCUGAUGUAGC